AUGGGUCAGGCCGGUAGUAGUGUGGGACUUGACGAUGUAUUUGAUCAUGCCAGUUUGGACUUACAGAAUGUGAGUGACAAUGGUGAUGUUCCGACUAAAGAUAUCGAUUCGGAAGGGUUUAAUGAUUUCGGAGGUGACUCACCUCCACAUUCACCUCCAGUUAGACGAAGCAAUAUUAUUCGUCUUAGGGUUAAAGGACUUGGAGCUGCAUCUGCAUCAGUAUUUGCAUCUGCAACUUCAUCUGCAUCAUCAUCAGCAGCAAGUAACGCCCAGUCUUGGGUUGUCACGAGACCAGUUGUUGGUGGCCCUUAUGACGGUUCUGUUAUUCCCAAUUUUCUUGGUCAUGUGGCCCAUCGCAUGACGGAUAAGUCGUACAAACCCUCCUUGAAGAUGGAUACAAGAGUCACAUACUUCAAGUUGUUGAAAGAAUGGAAGGGUUCUAUGUCGACUGAGGCUCGGAUCUUGUUGGCUGGUCUAGGGUUAUCCCACAUCGUGGACAUUAUGCACACCAACAUUGAUAACGCAUUGAUUACAACAUUUGUAGAGACCAUCAUGUUUCACGUUUCACAUGCCUUUUGGGGAGAUGACCAUCAUGUUACACGAUGUGUGACAGAUAUAGGGUAUUCCUGUUGA